UGGAAAAAAAUGAGAAAGGAGGGAUGAUCUGUAAUUUUGUUGUUGGGUGAGUGUGUCGAUUGGAUUGGAGGCGGAGACAAUCAAGGUGCAAACCAAGGGAUUCAUCAAUUCUGUUCUUCAGAUGGUUUGGCGGUGCUGUUGAAUUCUGCAAUGGCAUCGGCAGCGCCUAAUGUCGAUCUAUUCGAUGCUUAUUUUCGACGCGCCGAUUUGGAUCGCGACGGCCGUAUCAGCGGUGCCGAGGCCGUCUCCUUCUUCCAAGGCUCCGGUUUGCCCAAGCAGGUCCUUGCGCAGAUUUGGGCAUUUGCAAACCAAAGCCAAAGUGGCUUCCUUGGCCGGGCAGAGUUUUACAAUGCCCUCAAACUUGUUACUGUGGCACAAAGUAAGCGGGAACUAACCCCUGAAAUGGUAAAAGCAGCAUUGUAUGGCCCGGCUGCAUCUAAGAUUCCUGCUCCUCAAAUUAAUUUCAGUGCCACAGUUGCACCCCCUGUAUCUGCACCUGCUCCUGCUCCUGCUCCACAGGCGGGUCCUGUUAAUCCUUUGCCCCACCAAAAUCUUGGACCAAGGGGGGCAGUUCCAAAUCUCAGCGUUAACCAACAAAACCUUCCUUCUCUGGGUAAUCAGUUAUUGAGGCCUCCAGCUUCUAAUCUACGACCUGGUGUUGUUGCCCCUCAAGGAAUGGCUGUUGGUGGAGCACGCCCUGAAAUCCUUAACGUAUCAGGUUAUGGGUCCGCUGGCAAGAUGGGUGAAGCUCCAGAAGUAACUUCCUCUCCGAUAGCAGUCAGAGGAAUUAGUCUCCCAGCUACGCAGGAGGGGUUUGGGUUUGCAACUUCUGGAUCAAAUGCGGUACGGCCACCUGGCCAAUAUCCUGCCUCCAGCAUAAAGCCGUCAGAUCAAAUCGUUAAGGAUUCUAAACCAGUCAGUACUUCUGUUAAUGGUAAUGCCCCUGAUUCAUUUUUCGGAGGUGAUUCAUUCUCAGCCAGUUCAUUUCAGCCCAAGCAAGUUAUUUCUCCACAAGGAUAUUCUUCUGGCAGUUCAAUGCUUUCUUCAGCUAUUGUUCCUGUAUCCGAAGGAAACCAGCCUUCUAUUAGGACUACUACCCCUGAUUCUUUGCAGGGCUCACUUGUAACCCAUCCUGUUGGUGCUCAGCUUCAGAAAGCCCAGCCUAUGAGUGGUCAGCAUCAGCAAGCCCAGCCUGUUCGUGCUCAGCUUCAGCAAGCGCUGCCUGUUGGUGCUCAGCUUCAGCAAGCCCAGCCUGUUGGUUCUCAGCUUCAGCAAGCCCAGCCUGUGGUAAAACAGGACCAGCAUGUUCCAGUCCAAACACGUAAUAUGAUGAAUUCAUCUGGACUUCCUGGGAGAUUGCAGGAUUCUGCAUCUAGUCAGCCACCGUCUCCAUGGCCAAAGAUGGCACAAACCGAUGUUCAGAAAUAUAUGAAAGUAUUCAUGGAAGUAGACACAGAUAGAGAUGGGAAAAUCACUGGGGAACAAGCAAGGAACCUGUUUCUUAGUUGGAGGUUGCCAAGAGAGGUUUUAAAGCAGGUCUGGGACUUAUCCGAUCAAGAUAAUGAUAGCAUGCUUUCUCUCAGGGAGUUUUGUAUUGCGUUGUACCUAAUGGAGCGACACAGAGAAGGACGUGUUCUUCCAGCAGUACUUCCUAGUAAUAUCAUGGUUGAUUUACCACCUAGUGGUCAACCUGCUGCUCCCUACAGUGCUGUACCUUGGGGAAAUCCGUCAGGUUUUCAACAACAAGGGAUGACUGGUUCUGGGGCUCGACAAGUGAAUCCUGCUGCUGGUCGGCCGCCAAGGCCAGCUGCUGUCUCUCAGUCUGAUGAAGCACCUCAGAACAAACCACAGAAAUCUAGAAUUCCAGUCUUGGAGAAGCACCUCAUAAAUCAGCUAAGUUCAGAUGAGCAAAAUUCAAUUAAUUCAAAGUUUCAAGAAGCAACAGAAGCUGAUAAAAAGGUGGAAGAACUUGAAAAAGAAAUUGCAGAGUCCAAAGAGAAAAUAGAUUUCUGCCGUGCAAAAAUGCAAGAACUUGUUCUAUACAAAAGCAGAUGUGACAAUCGGCUUAAUGAGGUCAUAGAAAGAAUAUCAGCUGAUAAACAUGAGGUUGAGAUUCUAGCAAAGAAAUAUGAAGAUAAAUACAAGCAAGUAGGAGAUUUAUCAUCCAAGUUAACUACUGAGGAAGCCACAUUUCGUGACAUACAGGAGAAAAAAAUUGAAUUGUAUCAAGCAAUUGUAAAGAUGGAACAGGAUGAAAAAGGCGAUGAAACUCUGCAGGCUCGUGUUGAUCGUAUUCAAACGGACCUUGAUGAGCUGGUGAAAUCUCUUAAUGAGCGGUGCAAGAAGUAUGGAUUACGUGCUAAGCCCACAACAUUACUGGAGCUACCCUUUGGCUGGCAACCCGGAAUCCAAGAAGGAGCUGCUGACUGGGAUGAAGAUUGGGAUAAGCUUGAAGAUAAAGAAUAUGUUUUUGUCAAAGAACUCACUCUUGAUGUCCAAAACACUAUAGCUCCUCCAAAGCAAAAGUUGCCAAAAGCUGUGAACACAGAAGCUGUUAACACAGAAGCUGCGAACACAGAAGCUGCAAACACAAAAGCUGUGAACACAGAAGCUGUGAACAUUGACAGUCCUACAUUUGCAGCUUCUCCUAGGAGUGAUGACAAGUCAGAAAAGCCACAGACUACCAAUGAACAAGUUGGCAAUGGAUCUGUUUAUAAUAAAAGUGAAGAUGGGUCUGCAAAAAGUGCUCCCAGUAGUCCAUUUGCAGGCAGUGCUAUUGGAAGCCCACAUGGGGACUUUUCUGAUUCUGACUUUAGAAAAACUACUGGUGAAGAUAGCUCACCCCGUGAUCAUACCAUACAAGAACCCCAAAGUGAUCGUGGUGGUGUCAAGUCUGUGUUUUCUGGAGACAAAAAUUUUGAUGAACCAAAUUGGGGAACCUUUGACGCUAAUGAUGAUAUUGAUUCAGUUUGGGGAUUCAAUGCCAAUAGCACCACAAAGGAGGAGAGAGAUUUUGAGGGAGCUGGAGACAACUAUUUCUUUGAUUCUGGCGAACUGGGCUUAAAUCCCAUCAAAACAGGUUCACCACGGGUUGGUGAUCCCUUCCAGAGGAACAGUGGGUUCAGUUUUGAUGAUUCUGUUCCAAGCACGCCACUUUUCAACUCAAGUAGCUCUCCGCAAAGGCCAAAAGAGUGGUUGGAAAAUGCUUUUGACUUCUCAAGAUUUGAUUCUUUCAGAACACAUGAUAGUGUAUCUCUGCCUGCUCGGGGGGAGGCAACAGAACACUUUGAUUCAGUACGCAACAGUGUGGAUUUUGAUCAUGUUCAUGGAUUUCCAGCAUUUGAUGACUCCGAUCCCUUCGGCUCUGGGCCGUUUAGGACUUCAACGGAUAGUCAAACUCCCAGAAGAGAAUCUGAUAGUUGGAGUGCAUUUUAGCUUAGCAAUUUCACACAAUGCAUUAUUUGUAGUUUUGGUGGAGUGGACCUGUUAUAAUGUGUAAUGUAUUUCUUUAUUUUAUCCUGUGUAUUCCUUGUUCCUCACUUUUCUUUUUUUUGGGGGGAAGGGCGCGGCAUUGUCUCCACUCCAGCAAUCUCACUUCCCUUGAUUGAAACUGAAGGCCUGUCUAUAUUUUUGGUUUGUUGGUUGAUACUUUUCCAUACUCCUCCUGCACAAGAGAUUGUGGUAUUGAUGACUAUCUCAUUUGAGUGAUGUUUACUCACCGGAAUUUUAUUAUGAUUCUUUUUUCAUUUGUGAAGUAUAACUGGAACCUAAUUUGUCCAAUUAAAUUUAGAGAAAUGUAAACAGAAUACUUUAUCACAA